AUGGCUGUUCAAAAUCCCUUGCAAGAUCAAAUGGAAGCUGAAAGAAACAUUCUCUGCACCAUAGAAGGGAACAGACACAUUUUUCAGUCACCUUUCAUGGCUUCCAUUCAGUACGAAAAUAUAAGAAAAGCGUACGAAAUGAAUACUAUAAUACGAACGCUGUCUCAAAGUCACCCGGUGAGGGCGAAAUUGAUCAAAUUUCGUUACGGCAGUAUGGCGAGGGACCAAAAUCCGAAGCCCAGCGCCGCAGCUGCCGCCCCCGGGCAAGCAGCCGCCAAAGGGGCUGCCGGUAACGCAGAGCCCAUCUACGAUUUUCAACUGCCACCCAGAUGGAGGAGACAGCCCUUGGACGAGAAGGAGAUCGAUGCUAUUAACAGCGGAGGGGCUUAUUGAGGUUUUCGAAGGAUUUGGAUGGUUUUUUGAGAAGGUUACUUAUAGUAUUCAUGUAAAUACCUAAAUUAUUGUUUUUAUAGAUAUUCAAUUCAAAUUAAAUACUACAAAAAU